GAGUCGGCAUACUUUGCAAAACGUAAAUGCUUUAUUCAUUUUGAAGUAAGUUUUAUCAUACGCAGUCGAUAUAUCAUUCAAGUAAGUUUUAUCAUACACAGUCGAUAUUAACAUCACAUACCCCGGUAAGAACAAAGGCUUACCCGGUACCACAUGCUAUGAAAGCUGAAAUUAAAACUGAAGUUGGGAAGAUGCUCGAAGCGGGCAUAAUUGAGAAAUCAAACUCAGCAUAUGCCUCACCUGUUGUUCUGGUGAAGAAGAAGGAUGGCAAUUACAGGUUUUGUGUCGAUUACAGAAAAAUCAAUGGGAUAACAAAGUUUCAUGCACAACCAAUCGGAAAUCCGGAUGCGAUGUUCCAGAAAAUGCAGAAAGGACGAUACUUUUCCAAAAUGGAUCUGGCGAAGGGUUACUGGCAAAUACCAAUGAGUGAGGAUUCGCAGCAAUACACUGCUUUCAUAACAGAGUUUGGUCUGUUUCAAUUCAAGCGUAUGCCAUUUGGGCUGGUGAAUUCAGGAGCCACAUUCACGAAGCUGAUGCGUCAUGUUUUGGAAGGACUACCAACUACGGACAGCUUUGUGGACGACAUAAUCACGCAUUCAAAGGAAUUCGAGGGACAUUUAAGAGACGUAAGAGAAGUUCUGGAGAGGCUGCGUGAUGCAAAAUUGACCAUCAAGCCAUCAAAAUGCAUGUUGGGGUACACUCACGUGGAAUUCCUAGGUCAAGAAUUGGGAGAAGGUUGCAGACGACGGCAACACACUGGCCCGGAUAAAUCUACAGCGUCAAGAGGGAAUCGUGAACUAUCAGAACUCCGAGCUUGCCAAAAAUGCCAUUGCAACCUUGAACGGAAAACUUCUGGAGGCGAAAACAUCGAAGUCGUUUCGGCCGAGCAAUACUUCCGUGAUAAGACCCAUCGAAAUGGCCACUGCACAGGCGCAAACACCGCAUGGCGGAUGUGGGAACACUCCACCACUAGUCGAGGAGGGGAAGGGGGGAAAGGAGGGUCAGGCUUCUUUAGUUUCUUUAGGGGCCAAGACGGUCAGCCCGUCGAGCCUGGGCCGAACGGGCGGGGAGGGGAGGGGGGAAAAGGCGGGGCUGGAUUUUUCGGAGGGCUUUUUGGAGGGGGUGGUCACGGGGGGAAGGGCGGGGAUCAGACCAGAGGAGGUAUUAACACCGAGCAAAGCGAUAAUGGUGCGGGAAAUGGGGGAAAGGGAGGGGCCGGCAUGUUCGGCUUGUUCAAGGGGCAGGACGGCCAGCCGGGCGAGCUGGGCCCCAAUGGGAGGGGUGGUGAAGGAGGGAAGGGAGGUGGUUCCCGGUAA